ACAUAUACAGCCAAACUACAAAAUAAAACAUAAUAGAGCAGCUACAACCACCUGUCGGCCGAUCACAAAAUUUACCUUCCGAAAAAAAAAAACAAAAAAAAAACCGAUCACAUCUUGGUAAUAGCCUCUCUGACACCACCCAUGCGCACCACAAACCCACCCACAGCCAAAUGCCAAGAGUUGUUACAUCACUUUUUGCAUCAUUACACACCAAAGGAUGUCAAAUCUAGCUUUAUAUACUAUGUCCCUAAAUUAUUAUCCACCUAAUUGUCUGAAAAAGCGAAAUAGUAUAAGCCUGUGUAGCUCGAGAACAGCUGAAAAUGGCAAUGAGCGAUGUGAAGCUACUUGGAUCUCGGACUAGUCCAUAUGUGCACCGGGUUCAAAUCGCUCUGAACAUCAAGUGCAUCAACUACGAGUUCCUUGAGGAGACAUUUGGGUCCAAGAGUGAGCUUCUCCUCAAAUCCAACCCGGUUCACAAGAUGGUUCCAGUUUUGAUCCAUGACAACAAGCCCAUAUGUGAGUCUCUUAUCAUCGUCCAAUACAUCCAUGAGGUAUGGACCUCGUCCGGCCCCUCUAUUCUUCCUUCUGAUCCCUAUGAUCUUGCCACUGCCCUCUUUUGGGGAGCCUUUAUUGAUGACGAGUGGUCUCCAUCAGUGACGGAGGCUUGGAUGGCACGAGAAGAGGAGGCGAAGGCAACAGCAAUGGAGCGAGUGGCUGAAGGAUUGGCACUGUUGGAGGAAGCAUUUGUCAAGUGUAGCAAAGGGAAGGCUUUCUUUGGUGGGGAUAGCAUUGGGUACCUUGAUAUAGCAUUCGGGUCCUGCUUGGGGGGGCUGAGGGUGGCGGAGAAUAUGGGCGGCGUGCUACUGCUUGAUGAAGCCAAGACGCCCGGUCUGGUGGGAUGGGCCGAGAGAUUCAGCUCAGAUGAUUCUGUGAAGGAUGUAAUUAUACCGACUGAGAAGCUAAUUGAGCUUGUCAAGGUGCAUCAAGCCAGAGCAAAACCUCCUAUUUCAAACUAAUUGAGAAAGGCUUGCUAUCCGUGGUGAUAGCAUGUCACCCAUGUCAUCAAUCAAUUAUUUAUUUUCAAAUAAAUAAAAAUGCAUUUGCUUCCGUGCAAAUAUUAUUGCACUAUGAUAUUAUAGUC